AUGGCGGCAACAGACAAUGACGUGGGCACCUUCGGGGAAGUCAACUACUUCUUCAGCGAUGACCCUGACCGGUUCUCUCUGGACAAGGACACAGGCCUCAUCAUGCUGAUCGCCAGACUGGACUAUGAGCUCAUCCAACGCUUCACCUUGACAGUCAUCGCCCGGGAUGGGGGUGGGGAGGAGACCACAGGCCGGGUCAGGAUCAACGUGUUGGACGUCAACGACAACGUGCCCACCUUCCAGAAGGAUGCCUACGUGGGGGCCCUGAGAGAGAAUGAGCCUUCUGUCACACAGCUGGUGCGGCUCCGGGCGACAGAUGAAGACUCGCCUCCCAACAACCAGAUCACCUACAGCAUCGUCAACGCCUCGGCCUUCGGCAGCUACUUCGACAUCAGCGUCUAUGAGGGCUAUGGAGUGAUCAGUGUAAGCCGUCCCCUGGAUUAUGAACAGAUACCCAACGGGCUGAUUUAUCUGACAGUCAUGGCCAAGGAUGCUGGCAACCCCCCUCUGAACAGCACUGUCCCUGUCACCGUCGAGGUGUUUGAUGAGAACGACAACCCGCCCACCUUCAGCAAGCCUGCCUACUUCGUCUCCGUGGUGGAGAACAUCAUGGCAGGGGCCACGGUGCUGUUCCUGAAUGCCACGGACCUGGACCGCUCCCGGGAGUACGGUCAGGAGUCCAUUAUCUACUCCUUGGAGGGCUCCUCCCAGUUUCGGAUCAACGCCCGCUCAGGCGAAAUUACCACCACCUCCCUGCUUGACCGUGAGACCAAGUCUGAAUACAUCCUCAUCGUACGAGCAGUGGACGGGGGCGUGGGCCACAACCAGAAAACCGGCAUCGCCACCGUGAACAUCACCCUCCUGGACAUCAACGACAACCACCCCACCUGGAAGGACGCCCCCUACUACAUCAACCUGGUGGAGAUGACCCCUCCAGAUUCUGACGUGACCACGGUGGUGGCCUUGGACCCGGACCUGGGAGAGAACGGCACCCUGGUGUAUAGGAUCCAGCCGCCCAACAAGUUCUACACCCUCAACAGCAGCACGGGCAAGAUCCGCACCACCCACGUCAUGCUGGAUCGGGAGAACCCCGACCCCCACGAGGCGGAGCUGAUGCGCAAGAUUAUCAUCUCUGUCACUGACUGCGGCAGGCCCCCUCUGCGAGCCACCAGCAGUGCCACAGUGUUUGUGAACCUCUUGGACCUCAAUGACAACGACCCCACUUUUCAGAACCUGCCUUUCGUGGCCGAGGUGCUGGAAGGCACCCCGGCGGGGGUCUCUGUCUACCAGGUGGUGGCCAUCGACCUGGACGAGGGCCUGAACGGGCUGGUGUCCUACCGCAUACAGGUGGGCAUGCCCCGCAUGGACUUCCUCAUCAACAGCAGCAGUGGCGUGGUGGUCACCACUGCUGAGCUGGACCGCGAGCGCAUUGCCGAGUACCAGCUGCGCGUCGUGGCCAGUGACGCAGGCACACCCACCAAGAGCUCCACCGGCACGCUUACCGUCCGAGUGCUGGACGUGAACGACGAGACGCCCACCUUCUUCCCGGCGAUGUACAACGUCUCUGUGUCCGAAGAUGUGCCACGGGAGUUCCGGGUGGCCUGGCUGAACUGCACUGACAACGACGUGGGCCUCAAUGCCGAGCUCAGCUAUUUCAUCACAGGUGGAAAUGUGGAUGGGAAGUUCAGCGUGGGCUACCGUGAUGCCGUUGUAAGAACAGUAGUGAGCCUGGACCGGGAGACCACAGCCGCAUACAUGCUCGUCCUGGAGGCCAUCGGUACGCACCGGCCCCGCCUGCACACCGCCAGCACGGUUCUGCGCACGGUUCAGUGAGGUGCCCUUCGAGGGCCAGGCAGCCCUGACCCCGGGAGCCAGGCCUUGAGUCGCAGUCUGUGUCG